AUGAUGACUUUGAAGGACAGCGAGUAUCCUGGUCCUAUGUCCUAUAUCAUUCUGGUGUCUUACUUCAACCAACGAAAGCAGCUUCGUGCAGAUGGUAAGAGACCAGGCGUUUCAGCAGUUUCAAGGCUACCAAAUAGUACUCCAUGGAAGCUCAGCUGGGAGGGUCAGUGCGGCAGUCCCGCAGACAGCAGGUGA